UUUCCACAUCAGCCCCGAUUAAUUACCAGGCUGAUGAGUUUUCUCUGUGUUUACUUACCGCAUACAUCGUCCACUCGCAGUGGGACGUUGGUUAGGCCCGUUCAGGGCAUGAGGACGUGACCCGAACGCCCCAAAAUCCGCGCAUCUCGAAGUAGACGACGAAAGCGAACAGCAGGUCUCCAAUUGCACGAGGCAGGCACGCGUUUUGUCUGGAACAGAGGCACCACUGGAAUUCGGCUUCUUGUGGCAGUGCUCCGUUCUAGUGACCCUUGAAACGAUGGCGGCGUGAAGUGUUUUCGUGCGCGGCGAUCGCUUUUUGACACCCGGCCGAGCGGGUGCCAAGGCGACCGAACAAGAGCAACACCAAAGGAACACGUGAACCGCACCAGUGGACGACUUCAACGCCGACGCGCUCGAGUUGUGCGCAUGAUUCGACACAGUCGCUUCCAUUCUGCAUCGGUUUUCAACAGGCAUCAUGACGAGCAGGCUGGACCGUUUGUUCCUCCUUUUGGACACUGGCUCCUCACCUGUGACGCGGCGAGCAGCGGCUGUCCAGCUGGGCGAGGUGCAGAAGCUGCAUCCACAUGAACUGCACAACCUCCUGGCCAAGGUGCGAAGAUACCUGCACAGCUCAUCAUGGGACACACGCAUCGCAGCCAGCCAAGCUGUGGAGGCCAUCAUAUCCCAUGUGCCUCAGUGGGAUCCCCCAGGAUUGUCCAAGGUGGAACAAGACAAUGAGCUGGCCAAGCGAGGAGCAGCAAAUGCAAGGGCUGCAUCGCACUGGAUGCGCUUUGAGAAUUUCGACCUCCACCAAGUGUUGAAACACGGUGGUGACCUCCUUGCAUCCGAGGGUACCGAGUUUGAUCUCGAGGAUGGACUACUAGGUGGCUCACAGUCCAAGGAGGUGCUACUGCAGCAGCGGCGGCUGCUUAAUCGACGUUUGGGCCUCGAGAUGGCUGAACGCAUUGGCUUGGACACCUCCAAUCUCUUCUCUGCCGAGGAUCUCAGCCUGAACUGUAGCAGUGGUAAGGCAGAGCUGCAGACGAUGCCACGUGGGACUGCGCCCCAAUCACAUGCCAAGCUGGAGUGCAACACUACAUCAGGAGGUCAUUGGGAAUGUGGCACAGCUGUUGGCCAUGUGUCUACACCCUUACUGCCUUGUCCUUCGACGGGCAUGUUCCGUGGCCUUAAGCGGCGUGUAAGCAAGGAUGGGUCUAGCCUGUCCAAGAAGCUCUGCACAGCUGGGCCCAAUGCUGUUAGCAUCAAGGAAGACGCACCAUUUGAUGCUGUGGUAGAGGAAAACCUCUGGGAGCAUGAGCAGUGUUCGGAUGAAUGGCCCCUGGAGGCUUUUGUGGAGGCUCUCUGCCAGGACCUGUUCAGUGCUGCCUGGGAAGUGAGGCACGGUGCAGCCACAGCCCUUCGUGAGGUCAUCCGGCUGCAUGGCCGAGGAGGUGGACGCUCCUCCAGCACACCUGCGGGACAGAUGGAAGCAGCCAACCAGCUGUUUCUGGAAGACUUGUCUCUGCGGCUGCUGUGUGUGCUUGCACUGGACAAGUUUGGCGACUUCAUUUCUGACCAGGUAGUGGCUCCUGUGCGUGAGACCUGUGCCCAAACCCUGGGCCAUGUUCUCAACUUCAUGACGAGUGACAAGCUGAAUUCUGACGUAGAUGGUGCAGAACAUUCUUCUGCUUUAGGGGAAGGCAUCUGUGGUGUGUUGCGGGUGCUUCUGCAGUUGCUGCAGCGGCCCGAAUGGGAGGCUCGUCACGGGGGCCUACUGGGCAUCAAAUACCUGCUGGCCGUACGCAAGGAUCUGACAUCUGUUCUGAUCCCAGUCGUGUUUGAGCCAGUGUUUCAGGGGCUUCAAGACCAAAAUGAUGACGUGAGUGCUGUGGCAGCCGCGGCAUUAGUGCCAGUCACUGAAGACUUGGUCAAGAUUCUGCCCCAACAGGUUCCCCGAGUGGUGCGAACGCUGUGGGAUGCACUGCUCGAGCUGGACGACCUGACCUCCUCGACGAGCAGCAUUCUCAUGCUUUUGGCUGCACUUCUGUCACACUCCACUUCAGUUCAUCCCAUUCAAGGGUCUGAUGGCUGCUUGCGUGACAAGAAGCAGGGGGUGGUGCAACAUCCUGGUAACUUGAUGUGUGCAGACAGUGGCAGCAGUGAUGCCAGCGCACCCUUAGCCCAAUGGGUGCCUCGACUGUGGCCCUUUCUGGGCCAUAAUGCGAUUGCCGUGCGACUGUCCGUGCUGCGUUCGCUCCUCAUUCUUUGCUCAGACAAGGGAGCACCACUGCCACUUAGCGAAUGGGUUCCACCUCUGUUGCCUUGUUUGCUGCGCCUGCUAUACCAGCGUUGCCUGCUGGAGACUGCACCAGAAGUGCUUGACCUCAUCUACCAGGUAUGGGAAAACUUGGUGCAUGGAGCCCCCCUGGGUUCCCUGCUCACUGCGACCUGCCCUUACCUCAGUUCCUGGCUGUGCUUGCUCAUGCACCCGGCCCACUUGCAGGUUGAUGUUGGGGCACUGCAGUGGUUGGUUCUUCCACCAAAUCUCAAGCCGGACAAGAGGAUGCGACGCCUCGGCAGUAUUGGGGGUAUUGGGCCAUCACACUGUUCGACUGAGGGCGGCCCCUGUGUGAUCCCAGUGCUAGGCGGGGGGGAAGUGUACCUGGCAGGUGCAGAAUCACUGAAUGAGAGCCCUGCAGAACGAGAGCGCCUGGUCCUGCAGUGCCGCUACAUGGCAGCCAAGCUGCUUGGCCUGCUGUCUGGCUUUGUGACACGCCCUAUGCCUGGCCUGGAGGUGCCACCAGUGGAGAGUCCAGUGGAGAGCUUUGCUCGUCUUGUGCUCUUUCACCUAGCCUCCAAAAGUGCCCUUCAGCGCAUGAUGACCGCUGCAGUCAUGGCACACUGGGUCAGCCUACACCCGGACCAUCUGUGCCCAUCAUCAGUACGUGAACGAGUGCUGGAGUGUCUUGGGGAGACGCUCUAUUUCGAUGAAAUGGCCAGCAGCUUCACCCGCCUGCAGCAGGAUGCACGGGAUUUCAUUGCACUCUUGCGACACUUUCAGAUACCUCUUGGUUCGGAAUUCCCGGCAAAUGUCGUGCUGACAGUGGACCAGGUCAUGGAGCUAGUCACCACGGUGUUCCAGGGAUUGGUGCAAGAUGUUCGUGUCAAGCCUAAGGUGCUGGAGAGCCUGGAGGAAAAACGCAGGUGCCUGCUACGUACUGCUCAGCAGAUGCAGAAGGACCAGCUAUUAUUAACCACCAGGGUGCAGUCUCUACUGUCGAUGUUCCUUGUUCGCCUGGACCAGCUCCCGGAAAAGCUCAACCCAGUCAUUCGUCCUCUCAUGGAGUCUAUACGCCGGGAAGAGAGUGUCCUCCUGCAGGAGGAGUCAGCAGACAGCCUGGUGCAUCUGAUGAGCAGCUGUGUGACUCGUAACCCGUGCCCAAAUGGCAAAAUUAUGCGCAACCUGCUUAUGUACCUCUGCUCAGACUCAAACGUAGCGACACCUGCCAUGGCACAGGGUAACUCGCCAACGGGAGCCAUUCUUACCCUGUUCAACAUGCAAAAGUCUGCUGAAAGGGCACCGGUGCGGCGCUCUGGGUCGGUGUCGGGUGGUCGCAAGGGAUCCCUGCAGGCUUCACAGUCGGUUGAGAGCGUCGAUGACUACAAUGGUGCUGAUGAUGAGAAUGUCCAGCGACAGAACGAAGUCCAGCGAAAGGGAGCUGCUCAGGUUUUGUUGGUUGCAACCAAGCAUUUUGGGGCGUCCCUGCCCAACCAGCUGCCCAGCCUCUGGGAGGCUACAAUGGAUCCACUACUCCAGAGGGCCAACAUGGUUUUUUCAGGUGGUGGUACACAUAAUGGGGAACCGGUGGCUGAAGAACAGGAGCUCACAACAAGUCUGCAAGCCUUGGAAGUCAUUGGACCACACCUACACUCGGGGCUUUACUCCAAGCUUGAAGCCACACUGCCACCACUGUGUGCUGCCCUGGACCAUAAUUCUCCAGUGGUGCGUCACCUGGUAUCCCGUUGCUUUGGCAUGAUGGCCCGCAUUCGAACAGAGCCAACAAUGGCAGUCAUCGUUGACAAAGUCUUGGCCAAGCUAGGGGCUUCAGAUGAUGACAUUCAGCGGCGGGGAGCUAUCGAAGCCAUUGCCUGUGUCAUUGAAGGGCUGUCCCUGGGCGUUGUGCCGUACCUGGUGUUCUUGGUGGUGCCUGUUCUGGGCCGCAUGAGCGAUCAGGAUGAAGCUGUCCGGCUCAUGGCCACCCACUGCUUUGCUGCCUUGGUUCGCCUGAUGCCCCUCGAUAGUGGAGUCAUUGACAAAGCCGGAGAACCCUUGUCGGCAGACCUGUGUGAGCGCCGAGCAAGUGAGCGCCAUUUCUUGGAGCAGCUGAUGGAUGCACGGCACGCCGACAACUAUGAACUCUGUGUACCCAUCAAUGCGCAGCUGCGCUCCUAUCAACAGGCAAGACAUUUGUUGAACACUUCAUUAUUAGUGCACAGAGAUGGUUUCUUGCACAAAGUGAUUCGCUCUAUUUGCUCACUUAAUGAACCCACCUUUCUUCAGAAAAGCUGACUCUAAUUGGGGGGGAGGGCUUGUUACUUAAGAAAAAAAAGAAGUCAUGGGAGGUAUAACAGCAAAAAUGUCACAUGACAGCAUUAAAAAACUCGCUGUCUAACUGUUGCUGGCUUUCAAUUCAUUGGCAGGAUCACAGAGCCUCUAUUCGAGAACUUUGCUCUCUGCAAGGGACACUGUUUCUGUUUUUGGCUGUGAAAUGCUGACGGUUUUUUUCUAGUAACGAAUGUCCACUGAUUGU